AUGAAUCAUGAUCAAAGUUUGCAAAGUAUUUCUAAAACUGGUGCUAAUUUUUCUAUAACUGAAAGUUCAAUCUUGGCUGAAAUGGCGACAAAUCUAAAUACAGACGCCAAUGAAGCAAAUGAACACUCCAACAACAGUACAAAGAGUAAUGGUUCUGAAAAUCUAGUUGAUAAAGAUUCCAACAUAUCAGUUAUUCAUAGAAUAAAAAUCUCUAGCCUAAAAAGCAUUAAUGGUAAUAAGCUCUAUGAGAAUAACAAGAACACCAACAAUCCAGCAACCAAUGUAACUACAGAGAAAUCUAUGGUUAUAAAUAUUCUAAAUCCCAUUAGCACAAUGUCAGUUUUAGCAUUAAUAUCCAGUUCCAAUGACAAUGAGAACCUGAACUAUUUUCAAAAUAUGAAUUACUUUUGUAAUGAAACAAUCAAUUUAUACCUGUCUCAUUUGAUUGAAUUAGAACUGGAAUAUGAAUCGCAAGCAAAGGAAAGACAAAAUGAACAAGUGAUGGAAAAUGAGGGGGUGAUAGAAUCUGUUUUUGAAAAACAGAAACAAUUUGGGGUUGUUUUCCCGUUACCUAAUCACAUUUAUGGGUUUUUUAAACUUGAGAAUAUCGAAAUAUCACUGAAAUCGGCCUUAUUGAAUAAUAAAAACAUAAGAAAUGACACUAGCAAUAAUUGGUUAGAUAUUGUUUCAAGUAGUGAUUUAAUUAGUCAAUGUGAAAACCUACAUCUUGACAGUAAGAGCAUUAACAAGGAAAAGAGGAAGCCCAGUUUAGGUUCGAAUAUUGAAUUUUCCAUGAAACCACCAAUUCAAACACGAAAGCUGUCAUCAUUUUUGAGUUCAUCAUCUAUGUCGUUAUCACUUACAACGAAAGAUGACGAGUCUGAAAGUACAUCCCUAGGAGAUGACUAUCAAAUAGAAAAGAAAGUAUUUACACCAGAAGGAGAUGGGAAAGAUCAGGAGUUACCACAAAUGAUAAUAGAGAACCCAAUUGAUUUUUUGACAACCAGAUAUUACUCGACUUUGUAUUCACUAAAUAACCCAUUAAGUUAUUUUCCUAAAACUGCAUUACCAAGAUUUAAAAAUCUUUUUAAAGGCAACUUAGAUGAGAACAACAACAAUAACAAUGUCCACGAAGAACACAGCGAUUCUAGGACUAGUAAUAUAAUAGAAGGUUUGUGGGGAUUCUGGCUAAACAGUAAUGCGUUUGAUCGACGUCAUAAUCAAAAAUAUGGGAUUUUUGGUGAUAUUACAAAGGGCAGUGAUAAUGACAUGAACUACCAAGUACUGAAAGCAUUGAUUCGCAUUGAAUUGAUUGAACAGCAAAAGUUCAAAUCGCAUCACGGAUUUGAACUCGACCAACCAAUGCCCUUAUCUGAAAAUCCAAGAAAUUCAGAGAUCAUGGACAUUGACAACAAGGGGGAGAAUGAAGACCAAUUACAUGGUAUUACUAUGGAGAAAUUAUCACAAUUUAUUCUUGAUUUGAAAAUUCGAGAAGCUCAAUUACAGAUUCUAAUAAUAUUUGAGCUAUUAAACUUGAUGCAAGUGGAAGAGCAGGAAUUCUUGACUGAAAAUAUAAAAAUUCAAGAAGAAAAAGAAGCUCAAAAAUCAAAGAAUCAAAGUUUAGUACGUCGUAAACGUCGAAAGAAUAAAAAGAAACAGCCAAACUCUGACAAAGAUAUAUCAAGUCCUGCCAGUACCCAAAAUAUCGAAAAUGAAAAACAUUUUGAGCUUUUUAUGUCUUUAACUACAUAUAUUGACAGAUUAAGUUUAUGGGAUACAUUAUCAGUCAAAACUGGGGGUGCUGGUAUGUAUGGGUUUAUUGGGUAUGUAUUAGUACCUUAUUUCCAUAAAAAGUUACCUAAGCUAGUUGAAUUUGUUGUUGAGAAUAUGAAAAGCCUGAAUAUGAAACUAAUCAGUCUAAAAAGAAAGAAAAGUGAUCGAGUUGAUCAGGACGAACAUGAACAAAUUGAUAAGGAAAUGGAAAAAGGAAUAACACCACGAGAUUCUGAUACACCUAAACAUCAAGAUGACACCCACAAAACGAAACCGAGAUCAAAAUAUAGAAAAGUAUUACUAGAUAAAAACCCUCCCAAACUAUCCAAAUCUACAAGUAUAGCUGAUUCCGAUGAUUUCAAACCCUUGAUUUCUUUAAAGAAAUCCAAAUCCAAUCUUUCAGCAAAGAAUUUAUCUAAACGUGAAGUUGAUUUAAAUCUUAAACAAAGCAGCAAAGCCGAUCUUUCGAGUAUUAGUACAGUAUCACAGUCAUUUAUAUUUGGAACGAGAGCAAAGAAAUCAUUAUCGACUACUACUACGACUGUUACGACCAGUAGAUCAACGAGAACUAAAAGCGAGGCAAUGUCAACAACUCCAAUAAAACCAAAAUUAACGCAUUCAGUAUCACAGAUUGAAGCAACCCCAGCAAAGGCAAGAAAGGUGUAUAUACAGCCACAAGUGCAGGCAACUCCAUUAGAACCGGCACCAGAAUCACGACCACUACUACUGCAACAGCCAAUACCAGUUUCACCAAGCCACAGAGAAAACCAUACGAAUACUGGAAGUAUUGCAAACACAUUGAACGAACCAGCUUAUCUACUGGAAGUUGAGGCUACGCCAUAUAAAUCAAACAUGCUAGUGAUCACAACCCCGACAGACCAAUUUAUUAGGCCCAAUACCAAGCAACGACAAUCAAUCAAUGAGAAACUAUUAUCUCUUUCCAAAGACUUGAAUGUUGAGAUGACUCCUAAACAGAACAUCCUGGUUUUCUCAACCCCAAGAAAUAACUCGGCUUUUGUUGAUGAUAGAAACAACAACAAAGGAGUUAGUAAUGACAUUAAUAUGGUGAUUAAUACACCUCUACAUCGCCAGCAGUUAAUUGGAUCUUCUCCUUUGAAGUUCAGACGUGAAAGUGUUUCAAGCGUCACUAGUGUCAUCAGCAACACGAAUAACAACAAUAAUGAUAAUCUUGAUAAUAAUGGUCAUGGGAAAUCUGGACCCAAACCAGGAGAUCCUAUUGCAUUAGAAUCAUCACCGUUCAUAUCAAUUUUAAGUGAUUCUGAAAACUUGAUGGGUUCAAGACCGAAAAAGUUAUUUGAUAGUAUUUCUACUUCCCCAUACAGUAAGGACUAUGCUAACGAGAAGGUUGUCAAAGAUAACUAUGGUAAGAAAGAUUACGACUCUGAAUAUGAUUCUGAUGAAUUACUAAAUCCUUCAACUAAGCGAAACAUCAAAUCCACCUAUUCCAAAAGAAGAAAGUAA